GACUGCGGGGCGCCGCGCAGGGCCGCACCGCGACGCACCGGUCGGCGAGGGUGCCGCCGGUAUAAAUAGAUAUCCGCGUGCGCGCGAGGAUGCGGCCCUACGCCGCCGAGUUAUUUUUGAGAAGCGAUCGCCACUCGUCACAGUUCUCCGCGUUCAGUUCCAACGGGUUUCGUCCGGCAGGAGCUGCUCUCUCCGCGGUUCCCUCCGAACAAAGACACUGUUUACCCCGCGAGCAAAAAGAGGGACCGGUCGAUUGUCACGGUUCCCCGGUUCCUCGAAUCAGCCGGUUCUUCGUCAUCCUCUUCGCCUUCUGCCCCUGCGAGAAAUAGUUUCGAUCAGUGCUACAAGACCAAGUGUUACGUUCCAUGGAAUCGAUGACAUCGGAAUAAAACUCGGCCGGGCCGAGGAACAAUCUCUUGAAAUAAAUCGCGGUUCCCUGGAGAUUACACCUUUCCGAAAAUAAAUAUGCCAGAUGAGCCAGUCAUCGUCCAAGUGUAACAGUGUUCCGGUGAGUCUGGCAGCCGGCUCGAUCUCGGUGUCUCCGGUGAGGAUGAUGAUAAUAUUUGAACCCUAGAACAGUUGUAACCAGUUACUCUCUGUAUCCAUCAGCGAUGCGAACGGUUACCCUGCCGUGAUACACACCUGGUAGCAAAGGCCGAGGAUGUUUAGUUCCCUGAGACUGACCACCAUGCGAUCGCACAAGAGCCGUACUAGGCCCGGAAGCGUGGCCACAUCUGCCAGUUCCGACUCGACCAGGGCUGACGACAUGUCUCCGCAGAGCUACCAUCCGCCUAGUUUCUUGCUACUGGAUGAUCAGGAUGGCCCUAUCUCGGCCCCGUCCAGCGUGUCCUCAAAGGUUGCCCAAGUCAGGGUCGAACGUGAAGGUGGCAGCUUAGGGGUGACCUUAAGGGGCGGAGUCUCCAGGGCACUGGUGGUCACUGGGGUGAAGUCCGACGGGCCAGCGGCGAAAGAGGGGAGAGUCAGACCCGGAGACAGGCUGCUAGCCGUGGACGACACUGAGCUGCGGGGUCUGACCCUGACGGAGGCUCAGAGAGCGCUCAGGAGGAGUUCGGACGCGCCGGUCGCUUCCUUGACCAUCGAGUACGACGUCGCCAACAUGGAGGAAGCUAGGGCUGCCACGUCUGGCCCUCUCCUGGUGCAACUGGAACGCGGCAUCUCUGGGGAGCUAGGGCUAACCGUCAGGGAGACUGCGAACGGAGUCUACAUCGAGAGUCUGCGGCCAGCGAGCACCGCGGACCGCUGCGGAGCUUUGCAUCCGGGGGACAAGCUGUUGGCCGUUGACGAGACGCCUGUGCAGGACGCUGUCACGGCAGCUAAGCUGCUCAGGAAUAAUUUCGACAACUCGAGGAUCGCUAGGCUACAGAUUCUGCCCAGGCCGCCGAGCGCCUCUCAGAGGACGGUGAAGAGACGGGCGCAACCGCAGGCUCAGCAAUCCUCGAAUCAGACUUUACAAACUAAGGAAAGCCUGACUGUUGUCUUGAGACCUGAUCACAAGGGCUUCGGUCUGGCCUUGAAACCCGCGGAGGACCGUCUAGGAUACGUGGUCAGUUUGUUGGAGGCUGGUGGCCCAGCCGAGAGAAGCGGCGUCUUACUGCCCGGUGACAAAGUGUUGGCGAUCAAUCGCAGGUUCCUCAGGGACCUGCAGCCGCCGGAGGUCAAUGGUAUACUGGAGAGCUCGCAAGUUAUUGAACUGGUGAUCGAGUACAAGGUCGGUGGACCGGUUGUACCCAGUUCAGGGGUAUUCACCGUGCGAGUAGCGAGGCCGAUCGGUGGUCAGCCGGACGUUGGCCUAACGGUUAACGAGGACCUAAUCAUCACGGAGGUCCGCAAGGGAUCACUGGCAUACAGAACGGGAAGCUUGGCAGCCGGUGAUAGGCUAUUGGCGAUAGACGGACAAAAACUGGACCCAGGCGACCUUAGGCAGGCCGCGCAAUUGUUACAUCGCCCGGGAAGUUCGGUCGUCGCUCUAACUGUCAGGAAACCGGACCCCGUUUCGGAGAACAGAGACUCCAGUAUAGGAAGCGACACGACUCAACAAUACUCUAGUGGACUACUACGGCCUACAAGAGGAAGUCUUCCAAGCGUGGACAGUGCGGUAGAUUCUUGGGGAGAGCUGGGAGAGAAUAGCGGAGCGGGUCCAGAGAUUCUAAGGUUAUGGGACACUGCUUCCGUGGACAGUGGACAACUGGAUCUUCCUAUGCCGCCUUUCCCUGGGCCACAGGAACGUAGCAGUUCAGACAGACCGCAGCAGAUAGUUCACGUGUCUUUGCACAAGGAUCCAGUGUACGAGGACUUCGGGUUUUCAGUGUCGGACGGGUUGUACGAACGGGGAGUCUACAUAAACCGUCUACGACCUGGUGGACCCUGCGACGGCGUCCUGCGACCUUACGACAGGAUCUUGCGGGUAAACGAGGCCAGCACCGAAGACUGCGACUGUUGUCUGGCAGUACCGCUGAUCGCUGCAGCUGGCUCGCGUUUAGACCUGACCAUCGCCAGACCAGUGUCUCCUCCUAACAUCAUAAAAACACUGUAGGACAAGGGGUUAAAGAGCAACGUCGUGAUUGAGUUGUACUGUAAACGAUUCGGUGGAUGGUAUCUGGUAUAUUUUUUUACACACCUGUAUUUUAUUUAUAAAAAUAAAUGUAUAGAUUGCUUUUA